CAGAGAGGAGCGCGCACCGCUCAUCGCGCAGGGUUGCGCACGGGUGGACGUAUCUGAGACGGCAGCGAAGCGAAGGGCCGAUUAAUAAACCGAUAGCAUGAUGCUGUGAAAAGCCUGAGCGCUAAUUUACGGCGAAGCGUCAGAGCAGCUGGAUAAAAAACAAACGCUGAAGAUGAGUGUGAUUCAAGCUGGACACGAAGGGAGGAUGGAGAGCGGUGGUGGCGCCUCCCCGAGGCUCCAGCACUGCGUUCAGCCCCACAGCAGCAGCCGGACCAAAGAUCCUAGACAUCAGCUCCAGCGGCAGAGGCAUCAUGGAGGCUCGAUGCUGAAACAGCCACCUCAAAACGAGCCAGCUGACGCUGUGAGGCGCGCGCUGGACUUUAAGAGCCAGGGCACCCAGUGCUACAAGGACAAGAAAUACCGGGAUGCGAUCGGCAAGUAUCACCGCGCUCUGCUGGAGAUCAAGGGGUUGUGCAGGGUGCUGGGGGAACCGGACUCCAGCUCCAAGACAUCGUCCUCCCUCCUGCCGACCAUCAGCAAGUCCACCACGCUGACAGACGAGCAGAAGGGAGCCAUGGAGAAUGCGGAGCUGGAAUGUUACAACAGCCUGGCCGCUUGCCUGUUGCAAAUGGAGCUGGUGAAUUAUGAGCGAGUGAAGGAAUAUUGUCUGAAAGUCCUUUUAAAGGAGGGGAAAAACUUCAAAGCUCUUUACCGAUCAGGAGUGGCCUAUUACCACCUUGGAGACUUCCAGAAAGCCCUGCACUACCUGAAGGAGUCUCACAAGCAGGAGCCAUCAGACACUAAUGCCAUCCGCUACAUCCAGCUAACAGAGAUGAAGAUUCGCCGGAACGCCCAACGGGAAAAGAAAGAGGCGACCUAAGCGCUAGCUGCCGGAUGACUUCCCACCAGUCACGAGUCUCAGCCCUACUGUGCGCCACCCAGACCUUAAACACCACAAGUCAGAGGUCUCAGUUGUGGAGCAAUCUUCGUUUGCUUUUGCCUUGCACCGCAUAUGGUUGCUAGUUAUGUUAUUGACAUGUGUUAUUGUGUAUUUGGAGUGUUAUACUUUGGUUUUCUUUGAAAAAGAAGUUGCACCAGAUAGUGAUUUUCUCCCUAUAAACUGCCAAAGGCAUGUUUCAUUACAAACGGAUGCACUUCUCGUCCGAUGAUUGCACAUACAGGCCAACGCUUGUGACAAAGACGAGAGAGACUAAGUCCACAGCGCAGCACGUCUGCAGGCGAGUGUCACUAGAAACAAACACCUGCCUUUUGCACAAGGUGUGUUUUAAAUGCCUUUACGUGAGUAACAACCACCUACACCCCCGUCACCUGAUUUUCAGAUCCUUUCAUCUGUCACAAUGUUUUAUAUUCUUGGCCACAUCCGACGUAAAGGUGCUUUCAGAACACGAGUAUAUCAAGAGCACAUGGUUGCAGUUUACUGUAUGAGCUCAAUAAACAUAUCACAAAAUGUAAAUAGGCGACUUUCAAAAAUCACGUUGAAACUAUAAUGCAAAGCCGUGUGUGUGUGGUUAUUAAUGCCAAAACAAAGCACUCCAUUCUCGGCAUUUGUUGUAUCUUCAGAUUCCUGUGUGUACGGUAAAAGAAUACGUGAAUAAACUGUUUACUGACUGA